UAAGUAGGUGCAACAAUGAGCGAGCAUGGAGACGAGGUCCCCGAGCGAGAGGAGGUGAAGAACGACGAAAGGAACGAGAACGACAAGGAAAACGACGGAGACGACGACGAAGACGGCGAGCACAGCUCCGAGCCCAGGACCGCCGACGAUAGCGGCGCCAGCACUGACUUGGGAGUGUCUGGUGGACCUGGAAAGACUCCGAUCAGUUUGCUGCAAGAGUACGGAACCAGGAUCGGAAAAACCCCCGUGUAUGAUUUACUGAAGGCCGAGGGUCAGGCACAUCAGCCAAACUUUACCUUCAGGGUUUCCGUUGGUGACGUGAGCUGCAUUGGACAGGGACCAAGCAAGAAGGCAGCCAAGCAUAAAGCAGCUGAAGCUGCCCUGAACAUCCUGAAAUGUGAAUCAAUGCAGGGAGACGCUGCUUCAUGUGACAACGGCCACAGUCUGGUUCACGUUGAAAAUGGAAGUUCUUUGCCAUCUCAGCCAAACUCGGACAACAACCCUGUUGGUGCAUUACAGGAGCUGGUGGUACUGAAAGGUUGGCGUCUCCCGGAGUACACGGUAACUCACGAAUCUGGCCCCGCACACAGGAAGGAAUUUACAAUGACCUGCCGUGUGGAAAGCUUCAUAGAAACAGGCAGUGGAACUUCAAAGAAGUUGGCCAAAAGGAAUGCUGCAGCGCAGAUGCUAACACGGAUCCGGGACCUGGUUCCGGAAAGGCGGGAGGCUGCUGAAGCUGAAUGUGACGAUGGAGACCAUGCACCACUGGCGUGUGGCUCACGGGGCAAGGUCACUCAGGGCUGCACCUGGGACUCGCUGAGAAACUCUGCCGGGGAGAAAAUCGGUUACCUGAAGAAGGUUCCAUUAGACGCGCUGGGUGACGGCUACUGCAAGCUGCUGCAGGAGCUUGCCCAUGAGCAGCGAUUCCACAUCACGUACUUUGAUCUGGACAUGAGCCGGAGUGGAAGGUGUCAGUGCUUGGUGGAGCUCUCCACUCAACCAGUGGCUGUGUGUCAUGGCUCUGGAAAUCUUCUUGGUGAGGCCCAUGCUAAAGCAGCCUAUAGUGCCCUGCAGUAUCUCAAGCUCAUGGCUGGUCGCAAGCAGUAAUGAAAAGAGUGGUGGCAACAUAGCGAUGGUAAAAAUAAUAGUAGUUGUAGAUAGAGCAGACAUGCUGACAAGUUAUGUUACAGUAACUUGAUGGCAUGGAUUACCGUACAUGCACCCAUGGUGACUACCUCGAGCACGUGCAUAUCGUUUUUGAAACCAAGUGAAAAUGUUCAUAAGAAAGCAUUGCUAUUCAUAACAAUCGACACUAAAUUAUUUUUCUCAUUUUCUGCCAAGGAGUUAUUUUUGAAAUCUAGUAUUAGUUUUUUUUUUAUAUUAGUUCUUAUGUUGGUGUUUAACACCAGGAAUGCUGCUAAACGUGAAUGCUCAAGUGAAAUUAGUCUCAUGGCACGAAUAGAAAAUGUUCAAUAAACUUUUACAAUUUCA